AUGAAGCUGCUCCUGCUCAUCCUGCCGCCACUCUUCUGUGCCGUUACGAAACCGCUUGUGACGCACCCCAGGGACAGGCAUGCAUGUCCCCUGGGGCAGUUUCCCUGCGGCAACCUCUCCGUGUGCCUGCCCCAGGCCCUGCACUGCAACGGGGUGGACGACUGCGACAACGGAGCCGAUGAGGAGAACUGCGUGGACAACACCGGCUGGCUGUGGGUCCUGGGCGACAAGCUGGCCACGCACAGCAGCGGCACGGCAGUGGAAGAUGAGGCAGACCCCUGCUCGCUGGAGCUGUUCCCGGAGCGGUGCCGGUGCUGGGGCCAGGCAGUAGACUGCACUGCGCAGGACCUCAGCGCUGUGCCCUGGGUCUCCCCCAACGUGACGAGGCUGGACCUGAAGAAAAAUAAAAUCCACUCUCUGCUGGACAAUCAGUUCACCAGGUACAGGAGGCUGAAGAAGCUAUUUUUGCAAAACAACAAGAUCUGUAUGAUCUCACCCAAAGCGUUCGCUGGACUUUCUCAGCUCAAAAUGUUGUUCCUCAGCCACAACAAGAUCUCCCAGCUGAAGCCCCGGGUUUUUGAGGACCUGCAGCACCUCGAGUGGCUGAUGCUGGACAACAACAGGAUCGCCAGGAUUGCCCCCGCCGCUUUUGUGGGGCUGAAGUCCCUCUACUUUCUGUACAUGCUGAACAACUCCCUGGCUAAAAUACCCAACACCUCCCUGUGUGCGGAGAUGCCGAAGCUGAGCUGGCUGGAUCUGGAAGGGAACAGGAUCCGGGCGGUGCAUGGGGCCGUGUUCCAGGAGUGCCGCGAGCUCACCGUGCUGGUCCUGCGCAGGAACAAGAUCAGGUGGAUCCAAGGCGGGACGUUUUCCAGGCUGAACAGGCUGGUGGAGCUAGACCUGUCCCGCAACGGGCUAGAUGAGCUCCCGGCAUCGCUGUUCAACGGCCUGGCCGACCUGCAGCAGCUGAAUAUUUCCUACAACCCCUUGAACGAGAUCUUCCCCGGGUGGUUUGAGAGCCUGCCCCAGCUGCGGUCCCUGAGCUUGGAAGGGCUGGAGAUCCCCAACAUCCACAACCUGACCUUCCGCAGGCUGGCCAACCUCUCCCACAUCUACUUCAAGAAGUUCCAGUACUGCAGCUCCGCGCCCCACGUGCGCAGCUGCAAGCCCAACACCGACGGCAUCUCCUCCUUCGAGCACCUCCUGGCCAACAUCAUCCUGCGCGUCUUCGUCUGGGUCAUCGCCUGCGUCACCUGCCUCGGCAACCUCUUCGUCAUCUGCAUGCGCUCCCUCAUCGCCACGGAGAACAGCCAGCACGCCAUGGCCAUCAAGUCCCUGUGCUGUGCAGACGGCCUGAUGGGCAUCUACCUCUUUGUCAUCGGCGCCUUCGACCUCAAGUACUCGGGCGAAUACAACAAGCACGCGCAGGGCUGGAUGGCCAGCCUGCAGUGCCAGCUGGUGGGCAGCCUGGCCAUGCUGUCCUCCGAGGUGUCCGUCCUGCUGCUGACCUACAUGACCCUGGAGAAGUACUUCUCCAUCGUUUUCCCGUUCAGCCACCGCAGAGCCGGCAGGAAGCAGACCGUCUCGGUGCUGGCCGUCAUCUGGCUCCUGGGCUUCUCCCUCAGCCUCGUCCCCCUGUGGUGUAAGGAGUCCUUCGGCAACUACUACGGCAGGAACGGGGUUUGCUUCCCGCUGCAGUCCGACCUGGGCGAGCGGCCCAGCGCCAGGGGCUACUCCACCACCAUCUACCUGGGCUUGAACCUUGCGGCUUUCAUCACCAUCGUCGUCGCUUACACCGGCAUGUUCUACUCCAUCCACAUCACCGCGUCCAGGACAGCCGAGAGGAGCGUCUGCUCCCGGGAAGUCGCCAUCGCAAAGCGCUUCUUCUUCAUCGUCAUCACCGAUGCUCUCUGCUGGAUACCCAUCUUCCUCCUCAAGCUGCUCUCCCUGCUGCAGGUGGAAAUACCAGGCACCAUCACCUCCUGGGUGGUCAUCUUCAUCCUGCCCAUCAACAGCGCCCUCAACCCCAUCCUCUACACCAUCACCACCGCCCCCUUCCAGGAGCAGCUGAAGGGCUGUCUGCAGGCCAAGCAGGCGGAGCUGCACGAGUCCCAGAGGAGCUCCGUGCUGGCAGCGCCGCAGGCCAGCACCGUCUGA